UUCCAACCUACGAAGUUUAUCUUUUAUUUUUUUCUCUAAGAUGUCAUGGUAAUGCGUGCUUGACAGCUCUAAACUUAAAAUGUUUCGGUGUCUUCACAGGGGUUCCAACCUUUUAACGGGCGUUUUUAAUGCAUCAUUACUCCGGACAAGCGCAAACACCGUUUCAAUUUUGGAAACGAAAACAGGAAGAAAAUCUGCAAUAAAUGAUAACACUCGCAGUAUAUCAACGACCCCACUGCCAGAAUUUGAUAAAGAUGGAUUGAAAAGUCAUGAUGAUCUCUACCGUCUUAGCAUUGAGAAGCCAGACUAUUUCUGGGGGACACUUGCCAGGUCUAGGCUUCAGUGGUAUGAGGAUUUCAGUCUCACCAAAGACUGUGAUAUGAAGUCUGGUCACAUUCGAUGGUUCCUGGAUGGAAAAAUCAAUGCAUCUGUAAACUGUGUUGAUCGACAUGCUGAGAGUAGUCCAGACAAGAUAGCCAUGAUCUGGGAGAAAGAUGAACCAGGAACUCAAGAAUAUGUCACUUACAGGGAAUUCCAGAAACUCUUAUGCAAGAUGUCGAAUGUACUGGAGGGCCAUGGAGUGAAGCAAGGAGACCGUGUCGCCAUCUAUAUGCCCAAGUCUCCCACUGCAGUGGCUGCCAUGCUAGCAUGUGCUCGUAUAGGUGCCAUCCACAGUGUUGUUUUUGCUGGGUUCUCCGCUGAAGCUCUAGCUGGGCGGAUUAUGGAUGCUCAGGUAGAAACUGUGAUCACUGCAGACCAAGGUGUGAGAGGGGGGAAGAUUAUCGAUCUGAAGAAAGUGGUGGACGAUGCUGUUCAAACCUGCCCCUGUGUGAAAAGGGUGUUCGUUUAUCAGAGGACAGGGAAUGAGGUGCCGAUGAGCAAUAUCGAUAUCAAUCUUGACAAGGAAUUGGAGUCAGCCAGUGAUAGCCACACUCCAGCAGUAUUGGACAGUGAAGACCUAUUGUUUAUGUUGUAUACCUCGGGAUCCACGGGCAAGCCCAAGGGUAUAGCACACUCCCAAGCAGGCUACCUUCUCUAUGCAAACAUGACCAUGAAGCAUGUAUUUGACUACAAAGAGGGUGAGACAUUUGGAUGUGUAGCGGACAUAGGGUGGAUCACAGGGCAUUCAUACGUUGUAUACGGCCCCUUGAGUAAUGGUGCCACUACACUGUUGUUUGAGAGCACCCCUGUCUACCCUGAUCCGGGCAGGUACUGGGAGAUGGUUGAGAGGCUCAAGUUGAACCACAUCUACCUGGCUCCCACUGCUCUUCGUAUGCUGCUCAAAAAUGGUGAUGAGUGGGUCUUAAAAUACGACCGGUCGUCCCUCAGGAAACUUGGAUGUGUUGGUGAGCCACUAAACAACGAGGCAUGGGACUGGUACUACAAUGUCGUUGGGGAGGGGCGAUGUGACAUCUGUGAUACAUGGUGGCAAACUGAGACUGGAGGUAUAGCAAUUACCCCUCGCCCAUCAAGUCCUGACGCAGAGAUUCGCCCGGCAAUGCCCAUGAGGCCUUUUUUCGGCAUAGAACCUGUCCUCCUGGACCCAGUCACUAAACAAGAGUUGACAGGAGGUAACGUGAAGGGUGCCCUGUGUGUACGCCACCCUUGGCCAGGCAUGGCUCGAACGAUAUACGGAGAUCAUGACCGCUUCCUCAAGACAUACUAUGCUGACUAUCCAGGUUUCUAUUUCUCGGGAGACGGGGCUUAUCGUACACAGGACGGUUACUACCAGAUAACAGGAAGGAUGGACGAUGUCCUCAAUGUCAGUGGACACAGGCUGGGAACUGCCGAGAUAGAGGAUGUCAUUGAUGAUCAUGAAGAUGUAGCAGAGUCAGCGGUUGUGGGCUUUCCUCAUGAAAUCAAGGGCGAAGGUAUUUACGCAUUUGUUGUGCUAAAGGAUCGUGUCUCAAAGUCAGAGGAGGAGUUGAUGUCUGAUCUCAAACACGCCUGCAAGUCUCGGGUAUCUUCAUUCGCACAGCCGGACUUUAUACUGCUCACACCAGGCUUACCCAAGACUCGUUCAGGUAAGAUCAUGCGGCGUAUCUUACGAAAGAUUGCCGCCAACAAGCCAGACGAGCUCGGCGAUGUAUCGACAUUGUUUGACCCGUCGAUUGUGGAAAUUCUGGUCGAUAAACAUCAACAGUCGCUACAAAAAUCUAAGUGAGCUGGACUUGCUGAAAAAAAAUCAAAAUUUGUGAUAAUGUGCAGCAGUUUGUACUUAGAUUUAUGUUUUAAUUGUCGAUUGAAAUGGGCGUAAGAAACCAAUCUGACAUGGAUUUUUGUCUGCAUGACAUUUUAUAAGGUGCUGAUAUUGAGCUUUUCUCUGUGAACCAAUAUAUAUUAGAUAUAUAUUAAUCAGAACGUUGAUUUUAUACACUUAACCUUCAAUUUUCAGCAUGUAUAUCAUAUUUUUCAACUAUGAAAAAGGUGAUAUAUAGAUUUUUUGUUUUACCAUUCAGUUCCAAGUGCUUUUUUAUGCCCCCCAAUUAUGCAAAUAGUAACCUGACUGUCAGUCUGGCCGGCUGUCCCUACAUUUUCUGAUAAAUAACUUGUGAACUCUUAGGCCCAGGGACCUCAAACUUGAUAGGCAGGUUGGUCAAAACCAGCAGAUGAAAUUAUUGAUUUUAAGGUUAUUUGGGCAAAGGUCAAGGUUGUGGUAAUCCAGUUCUGAUCAACAACUGAAGAACGCUGGGGCCCAGGGACAUAUAACUUAGUAGACAGGUUGGUCUUGACCAGUAGAUGAACCCUAUUGAUUUUGAGGUCAGUGGGUUAAAGGUUUAGGUCAAUAUGCCUAGGAACCACAUGUUUGGUAGGCAGUUUGAAUCUACCAGCAGUUGAUCCCUUUUAAUAAUGAAUACCAGGAUUUGUUUGUUUCUUCAUUCCCUUGUGCCUAACAGUUAAAUUUUCAUGCCACUUUUUCUAUUCUAAGUCUUCAUUCAAAAAAAAAUCUUAGAAAAAAAAUCUCAUUAUGUAAAGUGUUGACAUACAUACUUGUUAUAUGAUCCACAAAGAUAUCAUUUAAAAGGACAACAGACAUGAAUUAACAUUUACUCCAUCCUGUUUUUCCAUCUUUGUGUUCAUACUUUGCUCUUUAUAAAUGUUAGCAAUCAAUAUUACUGCAUGGGAGUUGUCAUGAAAAUAUGUUAUUUACUUAAGGCUAUCUGUCCAUAUAUGCUCAAACACUAAUACUAUCUGUCAAACCAGGCUUUCUGGGGGGCAUUUGUUACAUUCCUGUUAUAUUUAAAAAUUCAAUGUGUAUCUGUUGUAUUAGGAUUUUAAGGGACAGCAUCAUUAAAUUCCUUUAUUUACCCAUUUCUUUAUUAGUUCUAUAUAAGUAGUUUAUUUGAGUGUGAAAUUGACGUGAUUCAGGGAAUUAUGAAAGUAUUUAAGAAGUGUACAAAUAUGGUUAAGGGAUUAGAUUUGGUAACUUUUUAAGUACUGAUUAUGUUAAUAGUAUUUACAUUGUUAUUCUCUGUUUACUUUUGGGAAUUACUGAGUUACCAGUAGUCUUUAAUCUCUUUAAUUUCUAUUGAAUUUAGAUAGUUCAGAACUUCUACAUAAUAGCUUUUAUAGAUUUUUUUAAUCAUGGGAAAAACAAUGUGACUCUUGAUUUUAUUGUCACCCCAAGAACCUGGUGUAUAUGUAUGCUGAACAAUUCAGCUCCUUAACAUAAUACCUUUUAUGAUUAUACAAGUCAUAUUUUCUUGCUUUGAAAGUAAAAUUGAUAGAAGUGACUUUUGGUUCCCAGAUGUAGUAUUGUUACAUUGUUACAUAUUUUACUAAAGAAGGAGAAAUUAUCGUAUCUCGUUUAUUUUCAUGUAAAAGGCAUUUCUACUACUAACAAGAGUUUUGAGUUAGCAGGCCCAGACAAAAUAAAUAUUGUGGUAUACGUCUUUAUAAAUUAAAAAGCAUAUUUGUACAUUGAAUACUUUAACAGUUAAGCAGAUAAUAAAAUAAGAAUUCUUAAGCUACUUACUUUAAUGGAAGUAUAUCUAUUACUGUGUACAUAGUGGAAUGGUUUCAUAAGAGCUUUAAAUAACAGUCAUGAUAGUCACUUAUGGGCCUAAUCCAAAUCUUCAAAGUUUUAAAUUUGUUAACAAUAAGGUGACUUAUCAUACAGAAAAAUUGAUCAUAGUAUUGAUAUAUUGAACAAUUUUUCACUGCCCUUAUGAAUGAUCGUAUAAUCUUGUGAAGUAGUGGAUAAGCUCUACAGGCUUUAAUAAUAUGUUGCCUUGAUUAUUUGCCAACUGUUUGUACAAAGAAGUUAAUUAAAGGUUUAGUCCAUAUAUAAAGUAAGAUUUUUAAAUCAUAAGGAAAAACAUGAGGAUUGUGUUACUCUUAAUUUUAUUGUCAUCUAAAAAAAGUGGUUGAAAAACAAUGGUUGGAUGUGAAAAUGUGUCUGAGCCCUCAUUAAGUACAUGUGUACUAACUGAACAUUUUCCUUUACUAUGCAAAUCAAAAUUUUGUAGGAAUGUUAGAAAUACCAUUUUUUAAUGUAACAAUCAUUUGAUUAGCUUGUCUGUUUUUCUCAGAAGAAAAGUUCAUGUAUUGUCAUAGCCUUGGUGUUGUUGGUGGUGGUGUCAGCAUGCUAAAACUUUAACCAUGGCCAUGAUUGUAUGCCCCUCCAUGGACUAUAUAAAACAGACAAGCAGAGAAUUUCAUGUAGCAGUACUCUUGCUUUUGUAAUCUUACAUUAAGCUGUUGACAGUAUGGGUGAAAUCAAGAUUGAGAGAUUUAACUUCAGACUCUUGUACAGUUGUAAAGAUUUUUGUUGCUUGACAUUGGCAACAUUGAAAAGGAAUGUUAAUACUAGUAACAUUGGAAACAAUUUCAAAAUGGGUUUUAGCCUCUUUUCCUUGCUUGUGGGCAUAAAUCCGUCAUACACAAACAAACCCCUUGCCUAUUUUUCAGAAUAGACAAUGUUAGUCAGCUGUUAAAACCUCACUGGUGCUAUAUUCACACAUCUUUUUUCUUUGUGUAUUUUUUCAUGUUGUUAACAUACUCUUUUUGUAUGUGUGAUGAAUAGAAAUUUAUGUAGAUAAGAUUUAUUUAGAUAAGAUAUUGAGAUGGUUUUAAAAAGUAUUUUUUAUAUUCAAAUGUUGUUCAAUCAGAUUUGACAUUUAUGAGCAAUAUGUUUGUUAUAAUGUAUAUUUUUAAUUAAAAUUGAAUUGUUACAAAAAACAAGAGUUGUAUGGAAAUUUGUUUGAGCCAAAAGUUGUUUGUGUUAGGGUUUAUUUUUGCUUACUAAUUUCAUAUGCAUUUCCAUUUUUAUAUACGUAAUGGUAAAGAUCAAACACAUAUAACAGUUUAAUAACUUUGAUUUGUUGAUUUUGAAUUGGGUAAAAAAAUGAAUAAAAUAAAGUGAAUCAUAAUUGUUAAAUUCAUGGUUUCAUUAUUAAUUUACAUAAUUGUAAUUAUAUAUGUUAUCUUUGAGUCAUUAUACAUGUAUUUCAUUUACUUUUUAUGUAUUAAAAUUGCUUUUUUGAAAAAAAAACCCAUAAUGGCCACAGUAAAUAAAUAGUUUGUACACAUAUUUUUGGGUGUGGGAAAUUGGUGUUUUUUUCCUAACCUCUUAAUGUGGUUUUAAAAAAAAAUAAAACUGUUAAAGCCGGAAAGACAAAAAAAAAUGUUCAGGUUUUUUUUUUUUUAUUUGGUUGGAAACUGCCAAACAAACCAUUUAUAAGUUGUGGCACAUCUAUGCUUGUAUUGUAUUUGUUUCUUUUCUAAAUCAUAAUUGUAAGACUGCCACUUUGUACUGUUGUAUUCAUUUUUGGUUUGUCUGGUUUUUUUUCAGGAAUAAAAGUCUAGGUAUUGUCGUACCCUUGGUGUUGUUGUCAGUGGCAAAGUUGGCCGACCAUAACUCAAAACCUGUUGAAUAUUUUCAAAUGAAACUUGGUACACAUGUUACCAGAGAAAGCAUCCACUUAUUCAGCCAGACCAAUAACUCUGGUUAAACUAAGUGUUGAGUUAAGCCCCUUUUGGGACUGAAAAACAGACUAGUGUAAGCGUUCUCCCCGCGGAAACUUUGUUAUUCAUGCAUUAAAGGCUUGGACUUGCCACGUUGUUAAUGUUGACCAGUAUUUUUUAAAAAGUGUUGCUAUUUAUUUUAUAACCAGUUUCAAGGUUACAUACAACACCUGGGACCAUUCAGUUUCCCAGACAACUGUAUACUUGUUUUGUACUUUCUAGAAAUAUAUUGAUGUUUUUUGGACAGCACUAGUUGCUAAGUAUUAUUUACAUAAUGUAUGUGAUUUACUACUUUUAAUUUAUUAGUCAGAUUUUAACCACAAUUUAAGCAGAGAUAUGAAUGUGUAUAGCAGCCAAAAUACAAUUUUGCAAUCGGA